UUCUGUUUCUCUUGAAGGUGUCAUCUUUGUGGGAUCCUUGUCGCGAUUCAGCAGGCAGUCUGCACAGCCUUCAUCCUUGGUAGGUCAUUGCUUGUUGAUCUCGUCUUUGCAAGGGUUGGGGGUUUUGCUUGGGCUUCCCUGGGUUGAACUGUCAGUCAUUUUGGAUCUGUCUCCGGUGUCGAGGUGCUCGCUGAUAUUCAGGAUUGACUAUUAGGGUCUUUAUGAGCUAUGGCUGAUGACGCAGUGCCAACUGGAGGUGAUGAGAUGGACCAAUCUGUUCAGGAUGGAGGAGACCUUGGUGCUGCAUCUGUUCCAUCCUCUUCGUUGGUUGAGUGUCGGGUUCCAGCGAAGCUCAAGGAGACACGUGAGGAGAUGCUCGCGCGCCAUCGACGCGAAGUGAAAGAAUUGCAAGGCAAGGAAAUAGAGAUGAAGAAGGCUGCAGCAAAGGGCAGCAAAGCAGCCCAGAAGGCUGCAAGGAAGGCUAUCGAUGAAGAGAUUGCACGAUUGGAUGCCAAGAUGAAGAAGCGCCAUGCCGCAGAAUUGGUUGUCUUGCUGGGAAGCGAUGAGCAUGAUCUGGUUGGGGUUGCAGACACCAAUGGCAUGGACGUGCUGGUGAGAGCGGUUGCAGGCGUUGGCUUGGCCCCUCCUGCCAGCAGAGCACCGACGAAAAUGAGCCGAGCUCAGCGGUGGCGAGCUACUAAGGCGACACAGGAAGCGGAAAGGGAGCAGCGCAUCCAGGAAGAGCAGAGGAGUGUUCUCAGUAGCCGGGAGUUGGAAGAUCGGCAGCUUGAGGAAAAACUGAGGCCUCUGGACUUCACUCUUCGAGAGAUCAAACCUGAUGGUCACUGCCUGUACCGAGCAGUGGAAGACCAGUUAUCAGUGUACGGGCCGCCAAAGUAUGAUUUCAUGGGUCUCCGCGCACUCGCGGCAAUGUACAUGCGACAACAUCGAGAAGAUUUCAUGCCGUUCAUCGGAGAACAAGGGGACGGAAACAGUACAGCGGAAGAUUUAGAGGUAGACGCGGAGAGGAAGUUUGAGAAGUAUUGCGAUGAGGUGGAAUCAACCGCUGCAUGGGGCGGGCAGUUGGAGCUCGGCGCACUAUCACAUGCGCUUCGCCAACACAUCAUGGUUUUCUCAGCAGACCUGCCUGUAGUUGAAAUGGGCAAAGAGUAUGAGACGGGGGCGACGGACGGCAAGGGUGGGGUGCGUAUGGGUCCUCCCUCACUCCGAGUCUCCUACCAUCGUCAUGCCUAUGGUCUCGGCGAACACUACAACUCUGUUAUACCAGCAGUUACGCCUUCGGGAGAAUGCGACACCUACAGUGCGUAGACAACCCCUAUAUCCUCUCAGACCCCAAUUAUUACAUACUUGCGAAGUGGUGUAGGAUCUUUUACAGUCCAUCUCUGUGUGCCCGUCUUGCAGUGUCCUCACCGACGUCAGUGGGGGUCGUCUCUGCUGUCGGCUUGCGAUGUUUUGUGCGUCAAACUCUAACCCUAUUAACUUGCAAACCGGUGUCCCAUCAAUGACGGAAGGCUUUUCCCACUGAUCUCUUGGAGACUGCAAAGAAAUCCAAUAGACACGUGCUGUGUCGUGGGAGUGGGAGUCGGAGUCCAAUGCAUUGCCUUCCUGCCUCCUGUUCACGGACUGGCUGGUUUCGCAGGCAACAAUCUACAGACUGGCACAUUGAAUCCUGGCUCUUUUCUUCCAUUGGGAGUGCUUCUAUUGAUAUCGUGUCAGGUUAAAACUUUAGAUUUGUGAAACAGAAUUGCGUUUGCUUCGUUAGGCCACCCUCUUCCUUGCCUGGACUGUCUCUGGACAGGAGCUGCCUAAACAGCGGGAAACCGUCACGUGUAGAGUCCCUUCCUCCUUAAUUUGUGGCCAUCGAGCAGAAUCAGGCUGUGUACUGUUGUUCAUGAGAAUAGUGUUUGGCUUAGCUGGUGAUUAGUAAAUGAUGUGUGUUUGCGGUGUGCGCAUCAAGGCAUGAUAACGAACAGGCCGAGUGAGAGUGAGUGGGGAAGAUGUGUCCGGGAGGCGCAUAGUGUAUGACCAACGCCGGUUUAUUAACGUCUGCAAAUGAGUCGUCAAGAGUAGUCGAAGCAAUGAAACUUUUGUGUGUGUGAUCAUUGAUGCUUCAUAGCUGUGUGCAGGCCAACGUUGAAUGUCGAGUGGGAGGCAUUUUGCCAGUUGGGUGCAACGUCAAGGUGACCGGGGCAGGGCCAGGGAGGAGGGGAAGGAAGGACGAGGGGGGAUGGGGCGGGGAGCUGUUUCUCUGAAGUGCUAAUCAGUUGGCUGGUUAGCGGGAGUAGUACCUAUUAGUCUAGUCUGCUAUACAAUCCUUUGUGAAUCAUCAUGGACUCUAUUCAGUUGCCGAUCUUGGUGGCCCCGAUCGACGGAUGGGUUGCGUUCAUCUGCAUGGUUCUGUUGAUCCUGCUUUAACCAUACGACUGUGGCUAGUUUGUCAGUGAUGGGCCAGGGUUAAGCUGUCUCUGAGCUUUCACACUUGACAAGUACAGAGGUUCUUUGGGGCAUGGAGGUGGCCCUGAUCUCCUUUGGAAACUCCCAUCCCAUGUCCAUACAGCAACCCACUAUUUGUUGAAUUUGCGCUUUAUAGUGUGGUGGCUUUUUUCUCAGGGAUGGACCCCAGGGGUUAGUUAGACUGUCUCUAAGCGUAGCGUUCACCCUUGAUAAGCACGGCAGCUCUUUGGGUUCCUUUGGUACCUCCUGAGUCCAUUCAGCAACCCGCUCUUUGUUGAAGUUUGUGACGCUUCUUCGGGUGCACGGAGGCGGCGCCGAUCUCCGUCACAAAGCCCCGCGGGCAUCAUUCAGCAACCCACGCUUCGUUGGAGUCGAGUUUUCUAGUUAGUUCGUGCGUCCCUCUUUUGAGAGCAGAGUCACUUUUGCUCUUGGCUAUCCAUCUCUGCAUGGAGUGUACCACUGAGUCUUUUUGUGGCCCUUCAACCUUUUUACGAGCAGCCACCUCUUUCCUGUUCGUCGUCGGUUAUUCGGCGUCUCAAUGUUCAUCAAUCUGUCAAGAAUUCAAACCCUGUUGGAAUGGGUAAAUGAUGUGAAAGGGGUUGACCCCAUUUGGAAGAGGGAGGGGGGGGCAUCAAUACGACAGCAGCGAGACAAUGCUGGGAUGAGCAGCAGGCCGACUGGCUGGCUGGCGUGUGUGUUUUGCUCUUUAGCUAUUCGUGCAGCCGCCAUUGCAAGGUGUUCGUGAAGACGCGGCGGCAAGCUUAAGCUUAAGCUAUUUGAGCAGACGGGAUGUCGAGAUAAGCUAUUCGCUCAGAUGGCAUGACAAGCUAUCCAUGCAGAUGGUUGGCAUGUGAAUAUGAGAUGAAAAGACAUGGGUUCGAUCCAUGUGUGGCGUUUUGGAAUGGGUGCUGUGGAAUGCUCUGAAGUUGUAGAUGUGGUGUACUUCCUUCGCUCCCUCCCUUCACUCUGUCCCCUCACUCCGUCCCUUCAGUCCGUCCCUUCGCUCCCUUCACUCUCUUCACGCCCUUGACUCCCGUAACUCGUUAUUUUAUACCAUGGAUUCUUUCAUUUACUUAUCCUCCUAACCCAUUAUUUUAUGCCAUGGAUUCUUUCAAUUAUCUACAUCCUCCUAUCCCCUCGAUCACUCCCCUCAAUCCCAUAACUCAUUAUUUUAUGCCUGCGUAGCACGGUGAACAUGUUUGUGCCCCUCCCCGAUCUUGUGCGAACGGCUGGCGAACGUGUUCAGGGAAACAUAUAUUUAUUUUCGUUUCUUGAUUUUUAACUCACGGUUUGCUAAGAUUUG